AUGCGCUUCUACAGCUUCGUCGUCGCCCUUCUCACUCUUCCUUUGUUUGCAGAUGCGAAACCACCCGCUAAGCGCUAUAUUGUCACGCUGAAAGACGGUGCGUCGACGGAGCGCCUUUUGGACACCGUCUCGGAGAGGAGGACCAGCGUCCAAAACGUGCAAGUUUGGAAUGACGCCCUCAACGGUUUCGCUGCCGAUCUGAGCGAAGAUGAGGUAUUCACUCUCCGUCAAUCAGGAGAUGUGAUCGAUAUCGAGGAAGAUGGCAUAGUCCACGCUCUGGCCUCGGUGACGCAUGCUCUGAAUUUCCGUUACACUUACGACUCUUCGGGUGGUGCAGGGGUUGACAUCUACGUUCUGGACACAGGCGUUCGUUUAACGCACGUGGAAUUCGAAGGUCGUGCAAGGUCCGGAGCUGUAUUCGGCGGCUAUGCUCCUACGGACGGCCAGGGCCAUGGUACCCACUGCGCGGGAACUGCUGCUGGCAGGAAUGUCGGUGUCGCCAAGAAAGCCAAUAUCGUGUCCGUCAGGGUCCUCAGCGAUUCGGGAUCUGGCUCAGUUUCCAACGUCGUAUCUGGAAUCAACUGGAUCUACACAGCUGCAACCACCUCGGGUCGCCCGGCUGUCGUUCUCAUCGCGCUAGGUGGAGGCGCCAGCUCUGCCGUCGACAACGCCGUAACAGCUCUUACGAACGCAGGUAUACACGUUGUGGCUGCUGCAGGAGGCUCCAACACAGGAACGGAGAACACGUCCCCGGCACGCGUACCCAGCGUAAUCACCGUAGGGGCCACCGCAAUCACCGAUGCUCGAAGCAGCUUUUCCAACUAUGGUCCGGGCAUUGACAUCUUUGCUCCAGGUCAAUCAGUUUACAGUGCUUGGCACACAAGCGAUACGGCCUAUCAAACACUCUCUGGAACAUCCAUGGCCGCAGCUCACGUCGCAGGUGCGAUUGCGUAUUUGAUUGGACUGGAAGGCAAUGUUUCUCCGGCCGCUAUGGAAGCCAAGUUAAAGGCGAGGGCGAACCAAGGGGUGUUGACGGGUAUUCCUGCGGGUACUUCCAACCUCUUGGUUUACAUUGGCGCGUAG